AUGCAGACUGCUUCUACAAACAUUUGUGAAAGACUGUGCAAUAAGUCCAUCCGUGACAUUUCCUGGCUACUAAAUAUUCCACGGUCAACUGUUAGUGGGAUUAUAACAAAGUGGAAGCAGUUGGGAACAACAGCAACUCAGCCACGACGUGGUAGGCCACGUCAAAUGAUAGAGUGGGGUCAGCACAUGCGGAAGCGCUUAGUGCACAGAAGUCACCAUCUGCAGAGUCAAUAGCUAAAGACCUCCAAACUUCCUGUGGCCUUCAGAUUAGCACAACAACAGUGCGUACAGAGCUUCAUGGAAUGGAUUUCCAUGGCCGAGCAGCUGCUUCUAAG